AAGAUGGGCGAUUCCGACGAUGAUUUACGCAGGUCUAGGGAUAAGUUUCAUCGCGAACGUAGUGAUGCUGAUAAUCGGCGAGAAAAACGGGAGCCGUUUGAUGAUCGCGCUGGUUACUAUGGUGCUUCUCGUUCAAGGAAUGAUCGGCGUUCUUCGUUUACUAAUAAUCGGGAUAAGUCUUUUGGCGACCAACCAUCAUCGAAGAGACCUCGCCGUGAACAUAACGACGACAAUCGAACUCCUCUUCGACCUCGAGAUGCAAGGUCGGAUCCAAUGGACGAUGAGUCAAUUUAUCGACCUCCAUUGAAGCCUUUUAAGCGCUUUCUCGAACCGUUAGACGACUUUAUUACUGAUGUGGAAGCCGUAGCUAAAUACAACGAAUAUAAGAAGGGCUUUAAUAAACAGCAUAUUGAGAAAUUCUUCGAGGCCCAUAAAGAUGAGGAAUGGCUUCGAGAAAAGUAUCAUCCUGAUUUUGUUGAUGAAACACUGGAAAUGAUCUCCAAAACUAUUCGUCAUCGACUUGACAUUUUCCUUGAUCUUUUUGACAAGGGUAUGAUAGAUAAUCAACCGGUUGAUUUGGAAAAUGCCAAGAAUUUAAAGAAACUCAUGGAUGCAGUUGUGGUCAAGUUGAAUGGAGGCAACGAUGACGAUUUGAAACAGCUGGAAAAGUUAGAGGAAGCAAAUGGAAAUGUUCAUGGGGGUGCUGCGAAGCGACCUCGAUUGGAUAGUGGUCCACGAAGUGAGGGCGAGGAGUCCGAUUACAAUUCAACUAUGGAAGGUGACUUCUCCUUCCAAGAGUCAUCGAAGUCCAAGGCGAAGUCUAAGACCCCCGAAUAUGCCGAAUGGACUGGAAUUAGUAGUGAUAGCGAGGGGAGUGGUGAUGAAGGUGAGGAAAAAUCGGUCAAAAAGGGUGAAAAUCAGCCAGAAGAGGAAGAAGACUAUGGAGGAGACGCCAAGGAAGAUGGAGAGGAGCAAUCUGGCAUGUUGCAUUUCUUGAAACCUGCUUCCCCUCAGAAAGAUAAUACUGAAGCUUCUGUUGGCAUUGAUUCCCUAACUGACGAGAAACAAAUUGAAUCAGAACAAAAGGAAUUGCAAGGAGAGGCCUCGGUUAAGAAAUGCACCAUCGACUUUCGCAAAAACGCCUCCAUCUUUUUCCCCUUUGUCCCUCCCAACAUAACUCGAAAGGAGUUGGAGGAACUCUGCUCCGCCCAACCCGGUUUUCUGCGUCUCGCAAUCGCUGAUCCAUUGCCAGAGCGUCGUUUUCUUCGUCGUGCUUGGGCCACCUACAACGGGGAAAUGGAUAUUAAGAAAAUUUGCUGGGCCAUCAACACCAAUCCCCUGUUGCGUGAAAAGAGCAAACAGAGUACUGAGGAGGAUUUUUCCGCCACCGUAAAUCGGGAGUUGACUCAACGUAUCCGUGUGGUGAAUGGCAUGCUUACGAGAUAUAAACCCGUCAUGCAGAAUGACUUGCGAAUUGCUUCACGUCUUGUGGCACAGUUGGAUAGCAAGCAUAGUCUGUGGUCGCUACCCGAGGAGGAUGCAAAUGCCGUAACUAAUGCUUGUCCUGUUCCCGGUUUCCCUGGUGUUUUAUCGGCCAAUCCUCUUAUGCGCAACUUGAGUGAAUUUCUGGAGGAGGAGAAACCGGCUUCUAUGGAUAAUAUGAACAAUGAUGUGGAAGGUGAGAAGGCAAAGUCGCACGUUCCCUUGGAAACGGACUAUUGUCUUUUACGGGCACUUGAUCGGCUUAUAAUCUACCUUCGCAUUGUCUACUCCAUCGAUUUCUAUGCGGCUACGCUCUACAGUUUGGAAGACAUGAUGCCUCACCAGUGUGGCAUAUUCCAUGUCCGUGACAGCAUCGAAGGUCGCAACCAAACCAUCUUCCAGUAUGAAGCUAACGAUUAUAUUUCUAACUUCAGUGAGAAGAUGGAGAAGAUGUUGGAUAUGCCGAAAGAUUUGACUGAAUCCGAAAUGGCAGAGCUUGGAGCCCGCGAUCCCGAAAAGGCAGCCGAAGAUUUCAUCGAAGCCAACACCCAAAAGCGUACUAGCAAAAAGAACGCCUCCAAGGUGGUUUGGGUCUGUCCCCUCUCGGACAAGAAAUUCCGUGAACCCAUCUUUGUCCGCAAACACAUUCUCAAUAAAUAUAUGGACAAAGUGGAGGCCGCGAAGAAAGAUAACGCUCUUUUCUUCAACAACUAUCUACGAGAUCCGAAGCGUCCAAGCUUGCCAGAGGCACCAAAACACCUUAUAAACCGAUAUUAUCCUCCUACUGUGCCCACUACGGUAGAUACAUCUGGCGGUCGAGGAAGAAGCUUCUAUCGUAGUGGUGGUUUUCGUGGUGGGUUCAAAUCAAACUCCGGACAAUUUGGAAGACGCCUCAAGUCCAAGAGGAGGUCCGGUAGGAUUCAAAUCUCCACUGAGUGGCCGCAAAAGACCCUAUCCCGACGAACCGUAAGUAGUCCUCGCCUUACCAAUCCUUUCCUCAUUCGUCCAAGAUCUGGUGGUCGCACUGUAGUUUCAUACAAUGAUUUGGACGAUCCGGCGAAUGGGAGCUUCUAG